AUGGCUGGCGAUAGCAGCUCAGACGCCUCCGAGGGGUAUGUCUUUUACAACUACAACCCGUCGAUGCCCGCGGCCGUCAUCUUCAUUGUCGUUUUUGGUCUCGCAGCGAUUCUCCACACGUGGCAGCUCCUCCGCAGCCGGACAUGGUACUUUAUUCCGUUCUUGAUCGGAUGUCUAUUCGAGACAGUUGGCUAUGUUGGACGUGCUCUAUCGGCGAACGAGGCCCCCGAUUUUACCAAGAACCCGUACAUCAUCCAGUCCAUCCUGCUUCUGCUGGGACCGGCGCUGUAUGCGGCGUCCAUCUACAUGAUCCUCGGCCGCCUCAUCAACCUUCUCGAUGCUGGAGAUCUUUCCAUGAUUAGCACCCGAUGGUUGACAGGGGUGUUUGUCACUGGCGACGUCUUGUCCUUCUUUGCCCAAGGCGGAGGCGGCGGCAUGCUCGCAACGGCCAAGGACAAGGACGCCGUCAAGAGAGGCGAAAACAUCAUCGUCGGAGGUCUGGGCAUUCAGAUCCUCUUCUUCGGCUUCUUCAUGGUCGUCACCCUCGUCUUCCACCUUCGAAUCCGCCGACAGCCCACCCAAAAGUCCCUCGAGAUCACGACGCCCUGGAAGAAGCUCCUCUAUGUCCUCUACGCGACCAGCUUCCUCAUUCUCGUGCGAUCCGUGUUUCGCGUUGCUGAAUAUGUCAUGGGCAAGGACAGCGAACUCCAGUCCAAGGAGUUUUGGAUCUACAUCUUUGAUGCUCUCCUCAUGGCCCUCGCAGCUUGGCUUCUCAACUGGUUCCAUCCUAGCAGGGUCAUCAACAAGGCCAUGGAUGCGAAGCGGAUCGCUAGUUCCGAAGAGUAUGUGAUGGAGAGCCAGCCGUAUGAAGGCCAGCGACCCAGACGCCACUCUCACUCGCGACCUCACUCACGGACUCAUUCGCGUUCUCACUCUCGCUCCCACUCGCACUCGGGGCACUCGCACUCUCACUCCAAGUCGAAGGCUUCGCAUCACAGGGGCGAAUACUACCAAUAA